AUGCCGAAUAUCAAAAUCUUUAGCGGCAGCUCCCACCAAGACUUAUCCCAGAAAAUUGCUGACCGCCUGGGCCUGGAGCUAGGUAAGGUGGUGACUAAGAAAUUCAGCAACCAGGAGACCAGCGUGGAAAUCGGCGAGAGUGUGCGUGGAGAGGAUGUGUACAUCGUGCAGAGCGGCUGCGGGGAAAUCAACGACAACCUAAUGGAGCUUCUGAUUAUGAUCAAUGCGUGCAAGAUCGCUUCGGCCAGCCGCGUCACUGCCGUGAUCCCCUGCUUCCCCUACGCCCGGCAGGACAAGAAGGAUAAGAGCCGGGCCCCGAUCACCGCCAAGCUUGUUGCAAAUAUGCUGUCGAUCGCAGGCGCGGAUCACAUCAUCACGAUGGACCUGCAUGCUUCCCAGAUUCAGGGCUUUUUUGACAUCCCAGUGGAUAAUCUGUAUGCCGAGCCAGCCGUCCUGAAGUGGAUCAUGGAGAAUAUUGCUGAGUGGAGAAACUGCACGGUCGUCUCACCCGAUGCUGGUGGAGCUAAGCGAGUGACCUCCAUUGCAGACCGACUGAAUGUGGACUUCGCCUUGAUCCACAAAGAACGGCAGAAGGCCAAUGAAGUGGAUCGCAUGGUGCUAGUGGGAGACGUGAAAGACCGAGCGGCCAUCCUCGUGGACGACAUGGCAGACACGUGCGGCACCAUCUGUCAUGCCGCUGACAAACUCCUCUCUGCUGGAGCCACCAGCGUAUGUGCAAUCUUGACUCACGGGAUCUUCUCUGGCCCCGCCAUCCACCGCAUCAACAAUGCGUGCUUUGAAGCAGUGGUUGUCACCAACACCAUACCUCAGGAUGAUAAGAUGAAGCAGUGCCCCAAAAUACAGGUGAUCGACAUCUCCAUGAUCGUUGCGGAAGCCAUCAGGCGAACUCACAAUGGGGAAUCUGUUUCUUACCUGUUCAGCCAUGUCCCUUUAUGA